AUGACCAAAUUAACAAAGAAUCCUCCACCCGCCUACCCAGGCAAAUCCAACUCCAAUUCCCCCGGCUCUCUUCAGAACGCUGUGCCAUAUGAGAAUCUGCCACAGGGCACGCAGCCGCCCGUGCCCGUCACCACGGCUGUGUUACCCAGUUCCUACAAUGAUCCUCUGCCUGACACGAACCCUUUCUCCCCAAACUUCAACCCGGGCCCAGUAUCAAACGCUUCUCAGCAACCAAUGCUAUUCUCCCCCGUCUCGCCGAUUGCUGAAUCAGAGCCGAUUGAGCGCUCCGCGCAAGCACCAGUCCAAGCGCCGAAGCCUCAGAGACCCAAUGCCGAUCAAAGAAAAUCGGUCGACCUGCGCCGCCUCGAUGGAAAGCCAUACCCUGGAUCCAACCCUGCUCCCGAGAAAGAGAAGCCAAAGAUAGUCAAGGUCGCGAAGGAUAUGCACGAUGGUGCGCUGCCACCAGUAUACAAACGUCAAGCGUCCGAUCCCAUCAACCCCUCCGAGGUCGCAAGUGCUCUGUCAAAUACGCACAAGUGUGGGAAUUGUGGAAAGAAACAUGGUCAGAGUAAUGGCCACGGACACAGUUGCAAUCAAUGUGGGAAACGCAAGUCCAAUGCGCCAGAAUCGACUCCUCCCGCUUUUGCACCCGUUCCAAUGCCGACUGCGGCGACUCAUGCUCGGACUUUUUCCGAAGGGCAGGCGUCUCACGGCUCGUCGUCCAGACUGUCAGAAAGCACCGCGGGGCUUUCUGGUUCACCAAGCUCAUCAACUGGAACGCGGUGUUGCACGAAAUGUGGAAGGUACAAGCGACCAGCCCCAGUCCCUAACCCAUUCGACCAGCUCCGUCCAAAUGGUUCAGGUCCUGCAACCGCUCCAAUGCCCAUGGCGAACCACCCCGCCAUGAGACCAGGUCUCUCCAUCCAGCCAAAUGCGCCAGGAAACAACCCAGCGUAUCCCAAGAUCGACGUGAUUCCUCCCUCGGCCUCGACCUACAAAGCGGUCAACUCUCCCUUCUCAAACUAUGGAGAUGACUCUCCUCUUGUAAGCAAGGCAACCAAGCAAGAGUUCAAAUUAUUCCGUAAUUCUUCCCUUGCGCGCUCCCUGUCUCGUCGCCUCAGCAAGAAGGACAAGACCCCCGCUUCAGCGGCAGCAGCCCCUCUUCCAAGUCAACAACUCGCACGCCAAAGUGGCGAACAAAGUGCAGGCACUCUGAUCAACAUGAUCAGCACUGCCAUGCAGGGACCUGGCAAUGAGCGAGACCCCCAAUACUGCAAACUGACGGCCGGCGGUGAACCAGCAGAUCGUCCUCAGACUCCGUUUUCGUUCGUCGGCGGCAAGGACGAGCAAGAUGCUUUUGAGAUGGUUGACCUCCGUGACCGGACAUCGGUUUCCAGCCACGCCAGCCAGGAUAGCAUGAAAGAAGUGCUGGGACCUCAGAUCAGUGUGACACAAUCAGACAGCGAGUAUCAAACUGGUGUCCCAGACCACAUUGAUGUCAUUCCCCGAUCCAGGUCAGUCGAGGCACAGAGAGAUCAGCACUUGUCGGUGAAUGGCGCAGAAAACAGACCCCCCAUCACACGAUUCAAGAGCUUGAGACAGGGCGUGUCAAGAAUGGGCAGCGUCAGCCGCUCGACAAGCUUGAAGAGACUGGGCAGUUUGAAGACUGUGCACCAUGCUUGGUACGUUGAGGGGACUGAUGGUAAUAACGAAAACAUUGUUCCUGUCUUCUAG